CAUGCGGGUAGCAAAGGAACUGUGAGAAGGAGAUAAUCACACUACAAGACUUGCUCAUCCUCAGUUUUACCUGUGACAUCCUCGCAAUGACAAGCCGGCGCAGCAAAGGGGCCACUUAAGAGGAAUUUACGGAUAUCAUUACAGCUAGGGUACUAUAUAAAAUUAGUGAGAGUAUCUAUUGGGGAUAUUCGUUGGUACCGACUUGGACUAACUUUGGAUACCUGGACAGUGACUAUCGGAGAAUAUCUAUCUAUUCAUCGCUUUCGCUUACACAUUGCAUGAAACUAAGAGUGAAGCACCAUGAGUCGGAAAACUAGACGUUGGAUUUUUCGGGUUUUGCUUUGCCUUGGGAUUGUCUAUUUGAAAAUCGGGUGAGUUUGAUUCUUAUUGGCAUGUUCAUUUAACAUAGUUAUGUUACUAAAUAUCAGAAUAGAAAACAUAAGAGUGUAGCCUAAAACAGAAAGUUUUGGAUGUCAUUUUGUUACACAGGCUACAUUUCUAUAAAUUAAACUGUCUUUCAAUUAUUCUUAUUAUUAAUCUAAGCUAUAUUCAUUGUUCAUUUGACAUUGUCCCGUGAACAAUGCAAGGUUUCUGAGAGUUUGUUUAAUUAUUCUGUUCCAAAAAGUCUAUCGAGUUUUUGGAAAAUCUGAGUUUUUACAAUUAGAGACAUUUAGAGACAAUUAGAGACCACCUGACAAAGUUUAUUCUGAUCUCUUGGCCUAUACAAAUCAAUAAAUUAAGCUUAUAAAUUAGGUUUCAGAUGGCUUCAACUUAGUCCUUUAUAUUUUGUAACACAGUUGUAGAUCCUUCAAAUACAGGUUCAUUGAGUUUAAGUGAAGGCAUGUCCUCACCACUUAAAUAUGUCUCGUAUUUCUACAACCCAGGUUUAAUAACCUCUAGAGACAAGGAAAACAUUAAGUCUGCGCUUUUAAAUUGUAUGAAUGUAAAACCCUAUUUCAUGUUAUAAACAUGUAAUAACGCUUUAAUAAACACCAUUUUAAUUGAAGUUUGAAAACCAUGUUGUCCAUAUAGCCAUGUCUGGCAGUCACUUUAAUUAAAUGUCUAACUCUUGUACCCUUACAGUGGCUUUUCAUCCGUGGUCGCGCUAGGUGCAAGUAUAAUCUGUAACAAGAUUCCCGGGUUGGCUCCCCGACAGCGGAUAAUCUGCCAGAGUCGCCCCGAUGCCAUUAUCGUCAUCGGAGAGGGAGCCCAAAUGGGGAUAAACGAGUGUCAGUUUCAAUUCAAAAAUGGGCGCUGGAACUGCUCUGCGCUUGGAGAGAGAACGGUCUUCGGAAAAGAGUUGAAAGUGGGUAUGUUGCAAAUCAAUUCAAGCUUGGUUAGAGUAUUUUUAAAUGUAAUUUCAUCACUGAAAAUGUCCCCAAUUGUAUAAUAUAUAUAGGCCUGUAGGUUAGCUUUCGAAUUGUGCGUCAAGAGCGCACUGUGGCGCAUGCAGCCAAAUGUCCCGUAUCCUUUUGAGAACCUGGCAUAGCCUAUCUAUUCAAAUGAGACUUGACACAAAUCGUUUGUUGCUUUUCUGAAUAUUAUCUACGGACUCAUCGGUGCUAAUAUAUUUCCCCCUUUUAAUGUCACCAGUGCGUAUAAAUUCCUGUAUUUAGGCUAUAUAUACUUGCAUUAUGUGUGCGUCGAUAACAUGGACAGACUUUAGAGAAAGGGUAUUGCGUGUCCAUUUGAGAGCAACAUUCUGUGGCAAUUACAAUAUGUUGACUGUGAGAUUUAAAAACGUUUCCCAUAGGCUAUACACUAGAAGUAUCGACAGGCAACUUACUUGUAACAGCAUACACAUUUCCACAAUAACCUAAAUUAUCAUGAUUAGGUUGAAGCUGUGUCAUUUACUUCCCAUCUCUAAAGUCUAAUACUGGUCUUACAAGAGAGAGCCAGAGUGAGAGAGAAAGAAGCGGAACUGAACAAGUCCAAAAGGUAUCAGAAGCCAGCACAGUAACAAAGCUCUUGUGAACAUUGACAGCCUGUCUUUUCAGCGCAGCAUAGUCUCCUGAGACACAUAUUCACUGGUCUUUAUCUUUCUCUAUCACUGGGUGCUGAGGCUCUCACAGUAAAGACGAGGGUCUUACCACGGGUAUAAGUUACAGUGGAUAGAAAGUACAGGGAAAUAAAGGCCUAAAAUACUGAACUGAACAUACACAGGGGAAUAAUGAAAGAAAGGAAAGGUUCAAAUGAAUUACUGAAGCUACCUUGUCAGGCAAUAGCAUUGAUGAAUGUAUUGGAUGUCUUUGGGGACACAGGGAUGGCCUACAGUAGAUGCAGGCUCAUGGCUGGUAACCUGGAGGCUGAACUUUUCUGCUUCAAAACUUUUCUAUGUUGUGCCUAUCAAACAUGCCCUAGAGUUGUCUGAAGGACUUCUUGGAGUACGCUCCUGUGCAUAAUAUUGCAUAAAGUCACAGUUACUCUGGAUAACAGAGCAGCUGAUGUUGAUCCCUAUGUGAUCAGAUAUUCAGCAGAUGGUGAAUCUGUGGCACCCACCAGAUUGUUGCAUAUUCAGGCUGCAACUAGAAUGUAGUCUAGGAUCAUAUCCUAACCUGGAUUUGGGCUCUUCAACAGAGUCGCACACAACAAAUGUAGCUAAUAGCAUUGUAAUAGAACACUUUUGGUGUUUAAACCAUCAAUGACAAGUAGCUACACUCUUAGAAAAAAGGGUUCCAAAAGGGUUAUUUGGCUGUCCCCAUAGGAUAACCCUUUUUGUUUCCAUGUAGAACCCUCUGUAGAAAGGGUUCUACAUGGAACCCAAAAGGGUUCUGCCUGGAACCAAAAGGGUUCAACUUGCAACCAAAAAGGGUUCUUCAGAGGGUUCUCCUAUGGGGACAGAUGAAGAACCCUUUAAUGUUCUAGAUAGCACCUUCUUUUCUAAGAGUGUAGACUACAGUAUAGCUUCUUGUCAGUUCCUGAUCUCUUAUUUCCCUUCAUACAAUGUAUUACUAUAAAUCCACAACUAGUGCAUUCAAUGGCAGUUCACAAUAUUAGUGGUUGUUUGGCACCAUGAAAAGCUCUUUGCUAUCUACAGCUGUUGGUGUGAAGGGCAUAAUCCUCUCCUGCUGUUCAAGUGAAAAUGGUGGUCUUUCACAAUAUGUUUUCUUCAUGAAUGAGUGGUUUAAGACAUUGAAGAGUUUGGCAUGGACAACCAUGCAAAAUAGAUUGGUUUCACUGAUCAGAUUAGUGGUUAGAAAUGAAUGCCAUUGUUGAUGUCUAGCGUGAGUGGGGUGGAGCUUGCAUGCUCUCACUUGUGGCCUAGGAAAGGCAGCCUAGGGUUUUUGUUUGCAGGGGUGCAAGGUGCAUCUAAUGUUUUUAGUAUUUCAGUAGUUUUUCAGUAGUAUUUUGUGCAUUGCAGAUCAACCAACAUACAUAUGCACAGUGAACACUAAAAUAACAUUUGGUGCAAUAAGAGUAUUCAUAUUCAACACUUCAAAGCAUUGCUUCCGUUGCUUUUAGGUCUUUCCACUCAGGUCUCAUGACAAAGUACUAAAUAAUUCCUACCAUUCUUUGUUUUGAACCAAUGAUCUAGGAACUCCUGGGGAAAAAUUUACAACGGAGCAGUCAGAACUGACUGACUUUGUGCUGGCACACCUUCUUUUUUGGCUCGGGGCCAAUCAAAUCUAUAAAAACGUCCACAUAAUUUAUGACUCAAUAUGAGGAUUUUUUUCAAUGGCAAGGGCACAGAUCCAAGAUGUCAAGAACAGGGCAGCAGCACCUAGUGAAUCUGGGUUCACCAGAAAGUACCGAGGAUGGUAUCAUGUUUGUUUUGCAGAAAUGUCAACUGGAGGAGUUUGUUUACAUAGAUAUGAUGGAUAUUGCAUCAGUAGUUUAUUGUUUAUAUAUACUGUAGCUACAUAACUGCAGAUGCAGAUAUUUCACUCUCUAUGCAUGCACACAGAGAAUUCAUGUUUGGUUAAUAAUAAGAUUGAUAACUGCGACCCAUUUGUUUGCAUCAGGAAAUAAUGUUAAACUAAACUAACUCAUUGGAAAAUUACACAAGUAUGCACUUGUACAUUAAAGCUUGGUAUUGGUAUGAGCCAGUUUCCUUGUUCCCUAUUUACUUGUAAUCUUGAGACCUUAAAAUACAUGUUAUGACUAAGAACUUUUUGCAAGAAGCUCUCUCUUUAAAUCAUGACAGGUUAACCUUAAAUUAUUUGCCGAUAAUUCGAACACCCCAGUGUGCGUAAAUUAUUUGUUAGUCGGACCUUGGGGAGAUAACCUCUGAAUCAAGAUCCUCCCUGCAAGAAUACACAGAGCGUACCAGGCUCUGAUCGGAUCAAUAGCUCUUCCUUCUCCACAGCCCUCUCAUUCAUACUGCUUUAUUGACUAGGAAGUUCACACCCAUUUUGGUUCAGGCAGGCCAGUUUCCAGAUUACUGUAGUCCUUGCGUGGUCGUGAGUGAGACUGACAAAGAGUUUGAUAUGAGUACUCACACUUAAUGGUUAAUCUGCUUUGAAGUUGCUAUUUUUCAACAUACAAUAUACAGUAUAUUUGAUAUACACCAUUUAGAUGGAAGUAUGUAAUGAACAUCCAGAUUCCCUCCCUUAUCCCUGUCCCAUUUAUCAAGUUGUGAAACAUACAGCUGUAGCACCAUAAAUAGAUUCAUUCUCCCUGAUAUCAGAUAUCUCCCAGAUAUCACACCAGUUUAUACAUUAAAAUGAUGAACUGCAAGUCAGUAAAAUGCUCAAGUUCCUCCUGUGUUCUCUCCUAGGCAGUAAAGAGGCUGCGUUCACCUACGCCAUCAUUGCGGCCGGAGUUGCCCACGCCAUCACUGCAGCCUGUACGCAGGGAAACCUGAGUGACUGCAGCUGUGACACGGAGAAGCAGGGUUUCUACAGUAAAGGCCAGGGCUGGAAGUGGGGCGGCUGUUCAGCAGAUAUCAGCUACGGCCUGGGCUUCUCCAAGGUGUUCGUUGACGCCAGGGAGGUCAAACAGAACGCCAGGUCUCUCAUGAACCUGCAUAACAACGAGGUGGGACGCAAGGUACGUGACCACGCCACUCCACUUCCUGUUUCUUUCUCCAAAGGGAAGGAUCUUACAGAUGUGCUAUCUUAAUUUGAACAGUUUCUCAAUGCAGGAAAAUAUUCCUGCAGCAGCAGGAAAUGUUCAUUAUUAUGUGGAUUUUAAUUAAUGGACAUUUUUGUAGGGGUUGAUACAUUUUCCGUUCAAGUCUGAAAUGUUUACAUGGAAAUUACAAACUUUAUAAGCCUUUUUAAAUCUCGAAUAUACUACAAGUUUGCAUUUCCUGCUGCGCAGGAAAAUUCUCUGUGACAACAGAGUGAUCAAAUUAAGAUAGCACAUCUGUAGAUGGAAGGCUCCAUGCAUUUUCAAACAGAAAUCCAGGUCUCUGAUGAACCUUCACAACAACGAGGUGGGAUGCAAGGUACAUGACUACGCCACUCCACUUCCUGUUUCUCUCUCCAUAGGGAAGGAUCUUAGAUGGAAGGCUGCAUGUAUUUUCCAUGGUAAAAAUGUCAUCCCAGCUAACCUAAACUGGAUCCCGGAAUAUUUCAUUAGGUGAUGUAGGACCAUUCUCCAAAAACGUUUCAAUACAACAAAAUCUGACGGUAGUUCACUCCAAAAACCUUUUUUUUUUUGUGGUAUGAAAACAUUGGACAAACAGAGAUUUUUUGGAUCAAUCUCAUUAAUCUUAUAAUGUCUUUACUGUAAUCAGGAGAUAGUUCCUUGAAGAUAAAGAUGUGCUGUAGUUUACCCAAACAGGUACAGAGAAGACUUGAAAGUAAAGACCGAAUCUAAAUCUGAGACCGAAGUGUUGGUUAACAACAUGGCCUUCCGAAUGUAGGCUAGGCCUCAGUAACCAUGGCUGUUGUGAUUUAGUAGUCUCCACCAUGCUCAGGAGCGGGUGGACCUUGCCAAGGAUCUAGGCAUUGGGGCCAAGAUUAAACAGGCAGUGAAAUAAAUGGAAGCUUUUAGGGGGGAAGAGCAGUUUAAGUGGCAGGGUUUAAUUAGGAACCCAGAUCUCUGGGCUGAAAACAGAUUGACACUGUACAAAAAGGCAUUAGCCUACUCCCUUUUGGGAGAGGAUACAAUUACUUCAUGUUUAUCGCAAUACCUAAAUUCCUUGGUUUGUCUGAUAUUGCAGAGCCAAGUGCUUAUCGUGUGUGAUAGUCUUGUGCCACAGGUUUCUAUGUGGUACUUAUUGUCCAUAACCUCUCCUAACAUCGUAGAAUCAUAUCUAAUGUAUCACCAUGUCUCUUGGGAGCGGUUACCUGCCUAACGAAGACUUUACAGCAACUUGUGUGAGUCACCUGCUGUUUUGUAUGGCUUGUAGUCUGUCAAUGACUAACACUGUGGAAAAUCCCUAGAAACAACCAAGAGGGAUCAGGGACUAGGGACUGUUCACAUUCUCAGAUCAAGGCUCCUGUGCAUCCAUGGCUGCAGCAAAUAAUAGAUCAGCCCUGAGACUCCAGCAAGUCUGGAAGUCAAAGAAGAAGCGGAAUAAUUGUGCCAAACAACUUGGGCGAGGCUCCUUAGCAGUACACUGGAGUUAGUGAAGAGGAAAGAAGCACCUCUCCCUCCAGAGUCAAGCCUUACCCCUCUCUCUCUCUCUUCUUUCUGUGCCACAGAUGCCUGAUUCAAACCACCAACACGUACCCAGACAGACUGAAAAGCCUUCACUCACACAUUGUGCUCAACAGCUCACUGUUGCCUUUCUGUGUGGGGCCUGAAUUCAUCCCCGCUUAUCUAGACAGCUAAAUUGCCUCUCACAGUGAAACGGGCUACACUCGUGGAUUCAGAUCAGUUGGGCUUUUUCUUUUUCCUUCUCCUUGGUAAUAAAUGGCCUCUCUGUUUUGAUAGUUAUCCCCCCUCCUUUAUUUAUGCUAAUCAAAGCAUUGACACUGAGCAGGAGCGCGGUUCACAGCCCCCAGGUCCAAUACGACCAGACAAAGCCUGUCACAAGUGUUGGUCACAGGGCUACUGAUGGAUUAGGAGCUGGGAAGCCAAGUGUUGUCUGGUAUACCACAGAGGGCUAACCGCAAAGACCGUUGUUUCUCCGCACUUUCAUGCAUUUGUAUGCAUUCCCAGUACAAGGCACUAAAAUACGAUCUGUUUUAUUGAUUCUAGAAUUUGUGGACAUGGAAAAUCAAUAUGUAUUGUUCUUAUACAACAUAAUUAAAGGUUUUUCACUAGUCAUUGAUUGCAGGAACUCUCCAAAUCUCUACCUAUCCUAUUAUGGAGAUAGUAGAAUUCCAAACAAACUCCCCAUACAAUUUAGUUCAAGGAAUUGGGACAGUAGUGUAGCUAUAGUGUUGCCUGUGCCUUUUCAGGUAUGAGAUAGCAGACACUUGUAAUAGUCAUCGGAGCAGGCUUUAACAGUAAUCCACAUCAUUCAGCAGCUUGUGCAGUCACUCCUACACACAAGGAGACUGUAACCUGAUCCAGAAUUAUGGCUUCUGUGUACAGUCUGUGUAAAGCUACUGUUUUCUAAAGGAAUGUUGUAUUCACAAGUAGCUAGUUGCUAAUCUAAUGCUGCACUGUGCACACAAUGAUACCCAAUUCCUUGACUUUUACAUACAUGAGUGUCAGAGUGUGUCACUGUGCUAUGUUGCUGUUUUCAGCAAUCAAACUAUGUAGGCCUGUAAUUUACUUCAACAUCCACUGACUCUUGGGCCUAUACAGAAUGUUUAGAUUUCAGAGGAUCAUGUUAUUAUGACAAUAAACAUGUGGAACCCUUGGGGCCAUUAUCGUGCAGUAUAAGUGCAUUAUAUACAUAUUAGGAUGGUAUGUUUGCAGAUGCUUUUCUUUUUCAGUGACUUACUUUUAUAAAUAGUAAUAGAACCUUCAGCAGAUGGUUUGCAAGGCCUGUAAAGGUAACCUCUUUCCUGGUUGUUUGUGUGUCUAGAUCCUGGAGAAGAACAUGCAUCUGGAAUGCAAGUGUCACGGUGUUUCGGGCUCCUGCACCACUAAAACCUGCUGGACUAAACUUCCCAAGUUCCGCGAGCUCGGCUACAUUCUCAAAGAGAAGUAUGCCCAUGCUGUGCACGUGGAACCGGUCAAAGCCAGCCGCAACAAGCGGCCCAAAUUCCUCAAGAUCAAGAAGCCCUACUCCUACCGGAAGCCCAUGGACACAGACCUUGUGUUCAUCGAGAAGUCCCCUAACUACUGCGAGGCGGACCCGGUGACAGGCAGUAUGGGGACGCAGGGCCGGAUGUGUAAUAAGACUGUUACGCAGCAGAUCAGUGGCUGUGACCUGAUGUGCUGCGGACGGGGGUACAACACACACCAGUACUCCCGCGUGUGGCAGUGCAACUGCAAGUUCCUGUGGUGCUGCUACGUCAAAUGCAACACCUGCAGCGAGAGGACAGAGGUGUACACCUGCAAAUGACAGUAUUUAUUGGACCGUUGGAUGUGUGUGUGUGUGUGUGUGUGUGUGUGUGUGUGUGUG